AAACAAAAGCCGAAAACCGCAGUACGCUGUACGCAGCUGUCCCUCGCAGUUGGGCGCACCGGUCUACUCCUCGAUCGGCAAGGCCGCAACUACCUAGAUCUCGAACCCUCGCCGCCGCUUCUUUCCCGAUCGCCGCGGCCAUGGCGAAGGAGUUCCCCGUGCCGCCGGUGGUCUUCACGCCGUCCACACCGACGCACCGCCGGUACCCUCCCCAGGGCGUGGGGGCCUCCCCUCCGCCCGCGUUCGCGCCGCCCCGCCCCUCCACCUCAUCCGCCGCCAACCCGCUCCCCUUCAUGUCGUUCGAUGUAUCAGCUGCCGCGGCCUCCUCCUCCUCCGCGCCACCCCUCUUCGCGGGGCCUAUCGGUGUCGCCGGUUCCGGCUCGUCCUUCGAGGACGAGCCGCCGCUCCUCGAGGAGCUCGGUAUCAACACGCGCCAGAUCUGGCGGAAGACGAUCUCCAUCCUCCACCCGCUCCGCUCCGCCGACCCCUCCCUCCACGCCGACGCCGACCUGUCGGGCCCGUUCCUCUUCCUCCUUUCCUUUGGACUAUUCCAGCUCCUCGCGGGGAAGUUCCACUUUGGGAUCGUGCUCGGCUGGGUCACCGUGGCGUCUCUCUUCCUCUACUUCGUCUUCUCCAUGCUCUCGGGCGGCCGCCGCGGGGACCUCGAUCUGUACAGAUGCGUUAGCCUCGUCGGCUACUGCAUGCUGCCCAUGGUCAUCUUCUCGGCUGUCUCCCUCUUCCUGCCGCGCGGGGGCGGGCUCAUAUUUGGAGUAGGGAUGGCGUUCGUGAUAUGGUCCGCCAGGGUCUGCACCAGGCUGCUAGCAGAGCUUGCAUCCAGUGGAGACGAGCACAGGGGGCUCAUCGCUUAUGCGUGCUGGCUCGUCUACAUGCUCUUCUCGUUGCUUGUCAUCUUCUGAUACCAUUUAUGGUCUGGAAGAUUAUGUGCCUAAUUUGUUUAGGGGAUGCUGUGGACAGUGGACUGCCUUUUACCAGUCACGGAGUGUUUUUGUUGUGUUGUCACAGAACUACAUACGAUCUGGCCAGUUGAUCUCUUAGUUCCAUUGGGCAUGGUUGGUGUUCGGUAAAAAGAAAAGGAAAUCAAGGUCCAGAAACAGCAAAUGUGCAGUAAUUAGGUUUUACCGAAGUAUUGGUGGAAAUCUAAUUACUUUCUAAAGGUCGUGGUAUGUGCAAAUCUGUUUAUUAUGAUUACUUACCACGACUUUAUUUUAGGAUCAUCGUGGUAGUUUCUUUUCUUUUAAUGCAUUUUGGCAGAGAUAAUUGUUCUAUCUUUAGGUAUCAUGUUAGAUACUUAAUCAUCAUAAAUCAAAGGGACGUUAGUUUUCUUU